UGGCGCGGUGAAUAGAUUUGUCCUCCGGACUUCCCCACAGCUCAGUUCUCCCCGCGGUUCCUCGGGUCCGCCAGCUUUCCUUCGGUCCCGGAGCCUCUGGCGGGCAGACAAGAUCUGGGCCAUGGGGCUCUCUCGUGUCUGGCUGUUUCUAGACGGCCUUGCCUUUUUUGUGCUCCUGGGUAACGCCGCCGUGCUCCCAGCCGUGAAUGUGAUCCGCAGCCAGGACUCAGAGGGCAUGGUCUACCUCACAUGCAAGGCUUUUGGCUUCUUUCCCCGCAAUAUCUCAGUGGUCUGGUAUUGGGACGAGGAACCCAUGAGCCGGGACGCCCAGGAGUCUGAUGGGAAUGGGACCUACUACACCUGGGUGACCAUAAGAAUUCCCCAAGGAGAGGAGCCGCGGGUCAAGUGCAUUGUGGAACACAGCGGGAAUCACAGUGCACACCUCGCACCCUUGGAGCCUAUUAGCCUACAAGACCUGGAUCAAUGCCAGACAGAGCCAACUGAUCAUAAUGGCCUCGCACACCCAGAAUUUCAGUCCUCGUGUCAGACUCCAGCUCCAUCAGUUUAACAGGGGAAGCUUAGAAUCUGCCGCCAGGAGGCCUGAAUUCAGUUCCUAGUUCUGGUCUUAAUAGUUCUUUUUCUUUUUUGUGUGCUCUUUAUUUAUCUUAGUAUUUUUAAAUUAUUUUUAUUUUGUUUUAUUUUUAACUGGAGAAUACUUGCAUUAUACUGUAUUGGUUUCUGCCAUACAGCAGUGUGAAUCAGCCAUAAGUGUACAUGUAUCUCCUCCCUCUGGAACUUCCCUCCCACCUCCCCCAUCCCAUCCCUCUAGGUCGCUGAACACCAGGUUGAGUACGUCGUCAGGUCCUGUUCCUCCCUGCCUGGUGCACAUUAAGGCAAUUGGAAUAAAGAACUCAUUCCAUAUCUGUU